GGAUCACCAUUCAUCGCAGCAGGGCCAAGGUGGGUUACAUGGAAUCUACCUGAGGGCCUUCUGCACAGGCUUGGAUUCUGUUUUGCAACCUUAUCGCCAAGCACUGCUUGAUUUGGAACAAGAGUUUCUGGCUGAUCCCCAUCUCUCCAUAUCACAUGUCAACUACUCCUUAGAUCAGUUCCAGCUCCUCUUUCCCUCUGUGAUGGUUGUAGUGGAGCAAAUUAAAAGUCAAAAGAUUCAUGGAUGUCAGAUUCUGGAAACAGUCUACAAAUAUAGCUGUGGUGGGCUGCCUCCUGUUCGCAGUGCCCUAGAAAAAAUCCUGGCUGUGUGUCACGGGGUCAUGUAUAAACAGCUCUCAGCUUGGAUGCUUCAUGGACUUCUGUUGGACCAGCAUGAAGAGUUUUUUAUCAAACAGGGUCCAUCUUCUGGUAAUGUCUCUGCCCAGACAGAAGAGGAUGAGGAGGAUCUGGGCAUUGGGGGACUAACAGGAAAACAGUUGAAAGAACUCCAGGACUUGCGCCUGAUUGAAGAAGAGAACAUGCUAGCGCCAUCUCUAAAGCAGUUUUCGCUUCGGGUGGAGAUUUUGCCAUCCUACAUUCCAGUGAGGGUUGCUGAAAAAAUCCUCUUUGUUGGAGAAUCCGUCCAAAUGUUUGAGAAUCAAAAUGUGAGCCUAACAAGAAAAGGGUCCAUUUUGAAAAACCAAGAGGAUACUUUUGCUGCAGAGCUGCACCGACUCAAGCAGCAGCCGCUUUUCAGCCUGGUGGAUUUUGAACAGGUGGUGGAUCGCAUUCGUAGCACUGUGGCUGAGCAUCUCUGGAAGCUUAUGGUAGAGGAGUCAGAUUUACUGGGUCAACUGAAGAUCAUUAAGGACUUUUACCUCCUGGGACGUGGAGAACUGUUUCAGGCCUUCAUUGACACAGCUCAACACAUGUUAAAAACACCGCCCACUGCAGUAACUGAGCAUGAUGUGAAUGUAGCCUUUCAGCAGUCAGCACACAAGGUAUUGCUAGAUGAUGACAACCUUCUUCCUCUGUUGCACUUGACAAUUGAGUAUCAUGGAAAGGAGCACAAAGAUGCUACUCAGGCAAGAGAAGGUCCUUCUCGGGAAACUUCUCCUCGGGAAGCCCCUGCAUCCGGAUGGGCAGCCCUAGGUCUUUCCUAUAAAGUUCAGUGGCCACUACACAUUCUCUUUACCCCUGCUGUCCUAGAAAAGUACAAUGUUGUUUUCAAGUAUUUGCUGAGUGUGCGCCGGGUACAAGCUCAACUGCAACAUUGCUGGGCCCUGCAAAUGCAGCGAAAGCACCUCAAGUCCAACCAGACUGAUGCAGUCAAAUGGCGCUUACGAAAUCACAUGGCAUUCUUGGUGGAUAAUCUUCAGUACUAUCUCCAGGUGGAUGUGCUGGAGUCUCAGUUCUCACAGCUGCUUCAUCAGAUCAAUUCUACCCGAGACUUUGAAAGCAUCCGAUUGGCUCACGACCACUUCCUGAGCAAUUUGCUGGCUCAGUCCUUUAUCUUGCUGAAACCUGUGUUUCACUGCCUAAAUGAAAUCCUAGAUCUCUGUCAUAGUUUUUGCUCGCUGGUCAGCCAGAACCUAGGCCCACUGGAUGAGCGUGGAGCUGCACAGCUGAGUAUUCUUGUGAAGGGCUUUAGCCGCCAGUCUUCUCUCCUUUUCAAGAUUCUUUCCAGUGUUCGGAAUCAUCAGAUCAACUCAGAUUUGGCUCAACUACUGUUACGACUAGAUUAUAACAAAUACUACACCCAGGCUGGUGGAACUCUAGGCAGGUAG